GGCGCGGGGCACGCUGUUUACGCGCGGGGCUCUGUGACCGCGUGACCCUGCGACCCGCGUCUCCGCGCAGUCAUGGCGGCGGUCAGGGCCCUGGUGGCGUCCAGGCUACGUGCGGCCUCCGCGUUCGCGCCUCUUCACGCGUCCACCCCACGCGCGGCCCUCCAUGGCUCGGCGCCGCGCCCGGGGGCCAGGGUCGCUCUGGUGCUGUCUGGAUGUGGAGUCUACGAUGGGACUGAGCUCCACGAGGCCUCAGCGGUGUUGGUCCACCUGAGCCGCGGCGGGGCCGAGGUCCAGAUCUUCGCUCCUGACAUCCCUCAGAUGCACGUGGUCGACCACACCAAGGGGCAGCCUUCCGAGAGCGAGACCAGGAACGUCCUGACGGAGUCUGCGAGGAUCGCCCGCGGCAAGAUCACCGACCUGGCCCGGCUCAGUGCGGCCAAUCAUGACGCCGCCAUCUUCCCCGGAGGCUUCGGGGCCGCUAAGAACCUGUCCUGUUUCUCUUCCCGUUUCUCCACCCGUCUGCGUGCCUCACGGAAGUGCUCUGUGCUGGCCGCGCCGUCCCGGCUUGUCCCUUCCGAGGCAGCCCCACUGCGGCUGGCGUGGGAGGACAGGAAGCAGCUGCGUCGCCUGCUUUGGGGUCAGACGGGGACCCUAGUGGGGGUAACAGCCUGGACUUGGCGGGUUUCAGUGGAGACCCCGCAGACUGGGCUCCACGGGGAGCAUCUCCCUGGAUCGCAGACGAGCUGGCUGCUGUGGCCCACGGCCAGGCGCCCCUGACGGUGUGGCUGGCUGUGAGCUCAGGCAGCCGGCCCCCUCUCCGCCUCCCUGCUCCCCCCGCUCCCAGACCAGGCGGGUGUGGGAUGCUGCUGGCGCCCUCCCGCAGAGCCUCGGCCCGCGAGCACCCGCUGGGUUUCCUUGCUGUGCCAUCGGGUCUCCUCUCGAAGGUCUCCCCCCACCGUGCCUCCUGCGGCGGGCUCCUCUUCUCCCCCUCCUCCCCCGCUGCCUCCCCUCCUGUCCCGGCGCCCUUCUCUGACGUCCGCCAGGAAUUCUGUUUGUAUCUGGACCGCAGACCUCCCCCCUUCUUGAUCUGCGUGGCCGGCUGCCUGCCCCAGGCUCGCACCACAGUGUCCUGUCGAUAUUCUGUCACCUGGACCGUCCCCUGUCAGCCCCGCCUCCCUCUGGACUCCUUGUGUGCAGGGUAUGGGGUGGGGCAGGGAUCGAGCCUGGGACCCUAGUGAGUACUGCCCCCUGCACCCUGUUUGGUUGGUUGGCGAGCGCCGUCCCCCUGCAGCAGUGUCCUGGCUCGCUGUGUCCCGGUGCCCUGCAGCCAGAAGUGAGGGGCACAGUUAGGGACCUGAGGUGUUCCGAUGCCGCCUGGCUCCCCUCGGCCUGCAGACACCCGAACGGCUCUGUCCAGGUCCCGAGCCGCUGUUCCGCCUGUGGAGCCGGUUCCCAUACUGCUUCCUCCUCUGGGAGCCCUGCCUCGCCCUCCUGUCCACUCCGUCCUCCAAAUGCCAGCCUCUCGGGUGAGCUGCCCUCAUCCCCACCGCCUGCACGCGCACCAGGCAGAAGCUGGCGGGGAGUGGCCUCCGUUGGCUUCACUCUGCCAGGCCCUGGGGCUUUUCCUGGGGAAGGUGAGCCUGAACUCUGACCAUUGCCUGCCUCUCCCCCCCCC